UUGUGGAGAGCUUGUAGAAAAGCAGCUGUAAAACUUUUUUCAAGAAUGUCCCGACCAGGUACUGCCCGCCCGGUCUCUGCGCGGUUUGGUCCUGGCCGACUUGCCGCCGUGCCACAACUGCCGGACUUCGUUCUCACAGAGCGGCUGGGCAGCGGGACAUAUGCUACCGUCUUCAAGGCAUACAGUAGAAGCAAGCGACGCCAGGUGGUCGCCAUCAAGUGCAUCCAGAAGUCGAACUUGAACAAAGCCGCCACCGACAACCUGCUGACGGAGAUUGAGAUCCUGAAAAACGUUCGGCACCCGCACAUUGUCGAACUGAAGGACUUCCAGUGGGACCGCGACAACAUCUACCUGAUCAUGGAGUACUGUAGCGGUGGCGAUCUCUCGCGUUUUAUUCACAGUAAGAGAACGUUGCCAGAGUACCUGGCGAAGAGAUUCGGCCAGCAGUUGGCGAUGGCUUUACAGUUUCUCCGGUCAAAGAACAUCUCCCACAUGGACCUCAAACCGCAGAACAUCCUUCUGUCAUCACGAGACAACCCGGUGCUGAAGUUGGCGGACUUUGGGUUUGCUCAGUACAUGGGUGACGAGGCACGGAUGACUUCGUUACGAGGGAGUCCACUCUACAUGGCACCAGAAAUGUUCUGUAACACAAAGUACGAUGCACGAGUGGACCUCUGGUCGCUAGGGGUGAUCUUGUACGAAGCGUUGUUCGGCAGGGCGCCGUUCUACUCUCGGUCGUACGCCGAACUGGAGGUCAAAAUCCGCGACACCAAACCCAUCGAGAUUCCUCAGGGGAUACAGAUUUCUGGGAAAUGUCGUGACCUGCUCCUAGGGCUUUUGCAGAGAGACCCAAACCAGAGGAUAACGUUUGAGGAGUUCUUCAACCACCCGUUCAUCGACUUGGAACACGUGCCGUCUCACGACUCGCUAGACAAAGCCGUCUCCAUAGUGACGGAGGCGGUGAGUUACGACGAAGAGGGAAAUCACGCGGAAGCGGUGAAGAAGUACUGCGACGCUCUGGAGUACUUUGUACCCGCCGUCCACUACGAGACCGACGAGUCGAAAAAGGACGUUCUCAGAAAGAGAGUGAUGGAGUACAUGGCUCGAGCGGAGGAACUCAAGUCCAUAAUCAAACCUGCAGAAGAACCCACCAAUGAGGAAGAAGACGAACAAGAGGCGACGCCAAAGGAAGCGGAGACGCUGUGGGAAAUGGCGGGGUCUUGCACGCGUCUACAUCAAGCGCUGAAGCGGGCCGCCAUCGCGGAACUGAGGGCGGAACACGAGCUUUACGACAGCGCCCUUGAGGAGUACAAACAUGCCCUGGAGGAACUACUUUCUCUCCUGGAGGCAGAACCAAAAGGCAGGCGGAGGGAUCUGCUGCACAUGGAGGUGGAGAAGCUGUUGAAUCACGCACAGGCGGUGAAGGACUACAAGAACAUGAUGAAGCGAGACGCCCAGAAGCUGUCCGAUUCUGGGGAGCGAUAUAACGAUUCCAGAGAUGACAUGAACAGAUGUGUUGUUCAGUGAAGGUCUGGAAUUAUCAUAAAUGUAGCCAUUGAAGUUUAAGGCAUCAGAUUUUUGGUGUGCGGGUGGGGGAAAACAAUUUUCAUAACGUUUGCAUCCAUCAAAAUUAGGGAAAGAUUUAUGACAACAAUCCUACUGGUACUUCUCCUUCUGAAACAACAGUGCACAUUCUCAGGGUGCUCAGUUAGGCCACUACAAAGUACUUUUAUUUCUUUUUUGGACAGAACUAAAAUAUCGAAGAUGAGUUGCCUAACACUAGACUUAAAGUGAAGAAUGUCCUAUAUACAGAGUAUCCAAACCAAGAGAAGCUAUUUUAUCAUUCAGUUUAUGUAUGGAUCCUUUCCCAAACUUAAAUGGUGAUGGAACAAACCAAAUUUGAUGACUCAGUCUCGCAUACUUUAUCUCAAAUAUGGAUGACAUGUAAAGGUACAAUUUGAUCAGUGCAGCAUUCUGAUAUGUUCUGGUGAAUAACAUUGAAGUCAGCUUAAACAUGAACAGAUAGAAUGACAGCACUGAUUGUAUGUUGGUAUUGCUGUUAUUAUAGUCACAUUGCAAGUCUUAUUUGAAGUCUUCUUGCUAGCUUUUCUUUUAUAGUUGUACAUGUAGUUUAUAACAGCUUCUUUGUAGAGUAUAUACCCCAAGAUGUUGACCUAUCAGGAAUGGUGAUAUUAUGCCACAGAUGACUAAUAUAUGAAACACUGGAAUCUUGUAUGUUGACUCACUUUUAAAGUGUAAGUUGAGGAGGUCAUGUUGAUUUCACAGAGUUAUCUAUAAGUGCAGGGUUUUGCCCACUGCCCGUCAUUUGUUGCUAAUAGCCAUUCCAUUCGUUCCAAACCUCAGUCAAAAAAUACGUAUGUAAAAUAAAAAGAAAGAAGCAAGUACUCAAUGAGAUGCAGCCACUCUCUUACUGGUUGUACCAACAAUUUCCAUGCUGUCAUUUGUUGGACUGCAAAUUUUAAUGGACAGCCCGCAAUGAUGUCAGGAUAGGUAUAUUGGCACCUUAACCACGAGGAAGAUUAAAUGAAGACAAAUCAUGCCAGGUAGUGAGCGGCAAUUUGCAAAGAAGAUUAGCGAAGAAAUCUAUAACCUCCUAUCAGAUCUUCGUGAAUGUGGCAAAAUUGGAACUGCCGGCCAAGAUAUUGUCCAUGGUCGGUACUUACAAUUUUUUCUCUGGAAGAUAUGUUUGGAGAAUAUAGGGUUGUCUAGGGCUGGGUAAAACCCUGUAGUCAUGUACUUGUGUCAUAACAUGGAAAAACUUCCUUCGUAACAACAGACAUGAAUUUAGGGACAACAUUUACCCGAGAUCUUUCUCCGCAGAAGAAACUGCUGUAACAUGAAGCUUGUUGUAUAAGCUACAAACUUUGUAAAAAAAACAUAAGAAAAAUCAGGGAAAAGAUGAGCACCGGCAGCAGCAUUCAAGCUGCCUUUGUAGAGUCUUUAGGUAGCCAUAAAUGUUAAGCAUUUGAUCUUCAAGACAGUCCUUUAGCAAGUGUUGAUUAGCAAAUGGCAUUUUGAUAGUACAUAUUUCAUUGUCAUCAUAUGUUGAAAGAAAAGUGUAACUUAUGUCUUUGACUUAAUGUUGAAGGUGAAAGAAUUCCUGCUAGUUCUUAAGAAGCAAACAGUAGAAUUAUUGGCCCUCAUAUCUUAAGUACUGUUAACAGAUUUCAAGACAUACAACUAGAGGAAUAUGCAAAUGCCAAUGAAGUAUCUUGUCUGCUUGCAGCCCUUGGUAAACUACACUGGCAUCAAAACCACUGUUAUAUGCAAUGUGUACUAAGUAAACAAUGGUGAUAAUGUUC